GUGUUUGUGAAUGCCGUUAAAGAUUGUCGUUUGAAAAAAAAAACGAUUUUUUCUGUCAAUUGCUAUGGAGACCUGAAAAGUUGACGGGAGUACAUUGAACGAGGUUGUCGAUUCAAACACAAAAGCGUGUUAUGAGAUCAACGACCAUGUCGCAAGGAUUUCGCUUAGCUCUGGUGUGCUACACUGCCGUCUUCACACCCUCUUUCCAGUUCCAAGGAAAGGGACAGCUCGCAUUCCGGCGACGAGGCCCUCAAUCUCUCCCUACCCCCAUCGGCAACAGCCUGCGUGCGGCAGGAAGCGACGACAACGAUGCUCCCUCUUCAGACAAAAACUUGGACAAGAACCAAGGUAUGUCGUGGACCGAGAGCUUUAAUGCUCGGAAAGAGGCAUUGCGAGAGGAAAAACUAGCUCAAUUGAAGAAAUGGUGCAAAGCGGAUUGCAGUUCUGCCGUUUCGGUGACUUUACCCGAUUGGAUCCGUCGCCUAGACGUCGCCGAAUGGCCUUUCGCCGCUUGCGGCAGCUCAUCGGGAUCUGUCUAUAUAGCCAAUCUAGAAACAGGCAACUUGAUUGCGAGUAACGUUGUGCAAAAGGAAAACGAUUCGGCGCACCAGAAGGGUGAUGCUGUUACUCCAAUCGGUUUGGAAGAAACUCUACGACUCUUGUACGGAGAUCACGAUGGGGGUGGUACUUUUGCUAUGACUUUCUCGGGAAACUUGAUUUGCGAAGCAGGGCGGAGUGGUGGCGUAAAUCUUUGGCGUCUAGAUUCUUCGUCCCAACAUCUUGUUUCGCAAGGCAGCAUGAUGGCUGUACAAAACAAGUUGGUGACUUGCUUGGAGUUGGACGACGAUUAUUUAUGGGUCGGUACCUCCGAUGGUCUGGUCCAAGCCUUCGCGUUGGACCACGAACUCCCGUUGGCUCUCCAGUCCAGUCCAGAAUUGAAAUGGGACUUUGGAUCACCCGUUCUCUCGCUCUCUCUACUUCCUGAUAUUGGUUGUGGCGUGGUAUCGACAGUCAGCGGUGUUCGGCUCUUUUCUAUGGAAGAUGACGAAGAGGCCACACCAAUUAUGCAGCCACCAUUCGAUAUUAAUAGACAAGAAUCUUCCGUCACUUUUGCGCUCUGCUCCACCAUCGUAUGCAGUACCGAAAACGAUGAACGGACAUUUUCUGUAGCCUGCGGAGGCAAUGACGGCAGCUUAUUUUUGCAACCGCUCAGUAUGCAGAGCCACGAUGAAGUCGACUGGAAGAAACCUUUUGUCCAGCCGGUGUGGCAAUUGAAACCCCGUCAUUCUGGAGCAGUCCAAUGCAUGACGAGCCCGGCACCGGGGCUUCUCGUCACGGCUAGCCAAGACGGAACAAUGCGAGUUUGGGACAUUGCGCAGAGGAACUGCAUGUACCAGUUUAUUGGCUACAAGGUAUGGCUAGGUAGUGUAUGGAGUGACGGCGUGCGUCUCAUCAGUGACGGUAGUGACAAUACUGUCAUUGCGCACAACUUUGACCCCGCAGUGUCCGAAAAGACAGAGCUGGAAUAAUCCAACGGUUGUAACAUAACCAUAGAUACUGUUAUAUAUACG